CAGCAGAGAGCUGAGGCGCACAUUGACCGACCAGAAGGAGCAGACUUGACAGCUUUCAACGUAAUAGCUGCUUGGAUACGUCAGGUUUUCAACAAGGAAUCAUGGACUUCGGAGUUCCAAACCCAGAGAACGUUGCAAUACAUAAAGUAUCUGCUGAUGCUGAUACUUUUGAAGGAAAAGUGACAUCUAAUAGCAGAGAAUCAGUUGAUCUCAGUGUUCCUGACACCAGCGGAAAAGUGAUGUCUGAUAGCAUAGAACCCGUUGAUCUCAGUGUUCCUGGCACCAGCCCAAAAAAAAAGCAGAAACAAUCAGGUUUUAAGAAGCUUACUGAAAUCAUAGCUAGAGUCUCUAAAAAUGUCAUACAUCGAAAAUCAAUGUAUGCAAGUCUUCUUAAUGAUUAUGUAGAAUCUGAUGUUUUUGUCAUUGAUGGAGAUUCAUUAUUAUUAUCCUGUGCUUUGGAUAAAUCCCUGAAGAAAGGACAGAGUUUGCAUUUCGUCUUCUUGGUGGAACGUUUCUUGCUUAAUUUUACAGACAAAGGAGCAAGAUAUGUUGUUGUCUUCUUCCAGGAUAUGGAACCAACAUAUUCCCAAUAUCCUGAGUUAAAGUCCUGGCGUACUCAGUUGAUAAUUCAUCUGGAGAAAAAUGCGAACACAACCGUAUACUUAUUCUCAAACUUUCACUCUUCGCAAUGGAAAUCUUUUCUCAGAGACCAGUCUCCUUACUUUUUAAUGGUUUCUGAUAAAGGACUAAAUCCUCAGCAAACAUAUUUUUUUAAUCUGCUAAUGUUAGAUUCUCUGGAAAACAACCUUGAUGUUGUGCUUACUGCUGGACUGGAGUCUGAUCACCUCAGGGUUUAUGGAUACCACAUCAUAUCUUCUCUUAGAACCAAGACAUUGAUAACGGAAAUGUUUAAAUCAACUCCAAAAGCAAUCAUUAGGUUUCAGGGGCAUAACUCAUCCAAGCCUCUCUCUGAACUUCUGAAGAAGAUGGACUGGAAGGAGCAGGUGCAGAAAAGCAUUUCCCUUCUUCCUACACAUCUUAAAGAUGCCCGGGCAAUCACUUGUGUUGUUGCAUGUUCCAUGGCGCUGAGAAUACAUGCUGAACCUAAACCCAUACAGGAUGACAACAUGCGCCUGACAUUGGAAGAAGCAAGUGACUUGUGCAAAAUGCAAUGUCUGUGUGUGGCGCUAAUGAUCACUUUGCCACUUUCACAGCGAGCAAGAAUAAGAAGGCUAAAUGCAAAUUGGAACGGAAUUGCCUCCUCAUUUAUUUCCACAUACACUUCAUGGGAAGAAUAUGCUUUAACUCAGAUGAGAGAUCACAUCAAAAAUAUUAUAGUUGACUGGACCUAUGUCUCUGACAUAAGUGAUGGUUUACUGCUGAAAAACAUUGCAUAUUACUGUGAAAAAGAGGACUACACUGAAUGUAAUCUGGAAUUUGGUAACGAAAUAAAUCAAUUAUAUCAAUGCCUCUGGGAGACUGUAUUGAAUUUAGUCCCUAAAAGUGAACAUUUGCUGUGCUAUGAACUCCGAAAGACAUCAAAACCUUUUCUUUUACAUGACUCUUCUGUACAAGUUGAAAAGAAAGAAUUUCUACCUGUUGGAUUGAUACCACUCCGAUCUGAUGUCAUUGAUGAUUAUGCUGGAGAUAUGAUAAAGGAACUACCAGUAUUAAACAGUGAAGACCCACGUAUUCCCUCCUUGAUGGACACAAAAAAAUAUGAUGAACUUUUUCACUGGCAUACAGACCGUCCACUAAGUAAUGACUAUGACAGAAACAAAUGUAAUCAAAAAGACAGAAGAAAGGAUAAGUUUUCACAACGUAGCUAUCAAAAACUAAAGACUUUUCAAUAUCGGUAUGGACAAUCUUUAGGUGUGAAAACUCCUAAGAAGAUUGUAUUGCAGGAAGAUCAACCAGAAGUGAAAAGUUCUACUCAUGUGACUGUUGUAAGGAAAAAGGAGCCCCAGAAGAAAAAAAAAGAUCAAAUAAUAGAAGAAAAUCAAAAGAAGAGCAAAGCUGAAGAAGAGAAAAAGGAGCAGGAAAAAUGGAAGAAUAAGGUUGCAUCUUUGGAAAAAGAAAUGAUGGCAGAUUUCUUCUCUGGAUUGCAAAACUUUGAAAACGUAAUCAAAUCUUUCCGAACACCAAAUGUGAGAUACCAAGCACAGUUAAAAGCAUUAGCAAUCUGCUUUGAUAAAUGGACCGAAGAGUGCAAAAUGAAAUCUAAAGAUGAAAGAUACAUAAAGAUUGUUGUGGAGAUAAUGAAAAUCAUUCAGGAUAUCAUGGACAGUAACCAGGACUUAUUCAAAAAGGAAGGUCAAUAUCGUUUAGCUGGUUAUCUCAGCAAACUUGGCUUUGACAACCUUGCCUGUUCACUGAGACCAGACAAGUUACCAGACUAUAAGGAAGAGGGGACAGAAAGGAAAUAUGCAGUUGGAGUUGGCUCAACUCGUUUCCAACUCCAGUAUAUGGGACCGCAUUUGCUGAGGGAAGAGAGAAGUGAUCCAGAUCCAAGAGUGCAACACUUCAUUCCAGACACAUGGCAGAGAGAACUUCUUGAUGCUGUUGACAACAAUGAAUCUGCAGUUAUAGUGGCCCCAACAUCUUCAGGAAAAACGUAUGCAUCUUAUUAUUGCAUGGAGAAAGUUUUGUCACAAAGCAAUGAAGCAGUUGUAGUUUAUGUUGCUCCCACUAAGGCUCUUGUAAAUCAAGUUGCAGCGACUGUUAUUAGUCAGUUCAAUAAAGAUCUACCAGGUGGAAUAGUUUUGUGUGGAGUUUUCAAUCGUGAUUUUUGCACAGAUGUUUUAAACAGUCAGGUGCUUGUCACUGUGCCACAAUGUUUAGAAAUUCUCCUGUUGGCUCCACAUCGACAAGAAUGGGUGAAAAGAAUCAAAUAUGUUAUAUUAGAUGAGGUGCAUUGCUUAGGAGGAGAAAUUGGAGCAGAAACCUGGGACCACAUACUAUCCAUGAUUCGGUGUCCAUUCCUGGCCUUGUCUGCAACCAUCAGUAAUCCCGAACACUUAACCGAGUGGCUACAAUCAGUCCAAAAAUAUUGGCAGCACAAUGAUGAUAGAAAAAUGAGUCAUAUGUCUGAAUCCUCACACAAAGGGUCAAAGAAAAAGGCAGCAAAAAUGGAAAGAAGAUCUUACAAUGUUCGACUAGUUCAGUACAAUAAACGAUACAAUGAUCUGGAGAAAUAUAUAUGUUCUGAGAAAGACUCCAACCUUAACUUUGAACACUACCAUCCCUGCGCGUCCUUGACAAUAGAUCAUAUGAAGAACUAUGGAAUGCCAAAGGAUCUUACAUUCUCUCCAAGGGAAAGCAUACAGCUGUAUGAUUGCAUGGCAGCUGCAUGGCCACAAAUGCCAAAUUUAAAGAAAUUAGAUCCUGAGGAAAACAUACAUUUGAAGGACAAGAUAACUAUAACAAAAAAUGAUGCAACUGAUUAUGAAGAGGAGCUGAAAAAAGAAUUUGUGGACUGGGUGCAAAAAGGACAUGAUGAACAGGUUGCAAAAGUGCUGGAAAGCCUUAAACCUAUGGAGCCGUCUGAGGUUGAAUGCAAGAAAUAUUUUCCUCGGCUUGUUGAAAAACUAGACAAAAUGAACAAACUACCUGCUAUAUUUUUUGCAUUUAAUAUUCAUUUAGUAGAACAUUUAGCAGAAAUGCUUGAUGAGCAUCUAAGUGAUAAGUGGGAAAUGAAACAGACUGAGGAGGAGAAGAAGAAUAUCCAGAAACUUGAAGCAAGAGCAGAAAAAUUAGAAAAAAGUCUUCAGGGAACACAAACAGAAACAAGUCUUUCAAGAGCACCAAGUAAAAAUGAAGAACUGAUGAUCAAACAAGCCGAGUAUGACAGUUUAAUGAAAAAGAUUGCAAAGUUUAAAGAAAUACCAUCUGAUUGUACUUAUGCUGAUGUCAAAGCAGUGGAUGAGGAGACAUUACUACAAAUGUAUGAGAGAACAACAAGAUUUUCAACAAGACACAGCGAUCUUAUACCUUUUACACGUAAAGGAAUUGGUUAUCACCAUAGCUCAGUGGAUGCAAAAGGAAGGCAACUUGUUGAGAUGCUGUUCAGGAUGGGUUACGUAAGAGUUGUAUCUUCUACCAGUUCACUUGCUUUGGGAAUUAACAUGCCAUGUAAAUCAGUGGUUUUCAUAGAAGAUUCUUUGUAUCUAGAUGCACUGAACUACAGACAAAUGGCAGGAAGAGCUGGAAGAAGAGGCCAUGACCUACUUGGGAAUGUCUAUUUUUUCAACAUCCCCAUGCCUAAGGUGAAAAAGCUCUUGAAGUCCAAUGUUCCUCAGUUGAGAGGGCAGUUUCCUCUAAGUGUUUCCUUCAUUCUCAGAUUAAUGUUACUAGCCACCAAAGCAGAUGACAAAAAGGAUGCGAAGGCCAAGGUUCUAUCAAUUUUGAUGCACCCACUUAUGUCAUUCAAACGACCCCAAGAAGCACAGGUGUUAAAGCUGUACUGCAUAUUCUCACUGCAAUUCCUUCUCUAUGAGGGAUUCUUGAAUCAGGAUUGUGAGCCUACUGCAUUCACAGGACUUGUUACUCACUUACAUUACCAUGAACCAUCAAAUUUUGUGUUUGUCCGCUUUCUAGAAAAAGGCUUGUUUCAUAAACUGUGCAAACCAAGCUUGAAAGAUUCUACCAAAUUUCCUGACUCUGUAAUGGAAACCCUUGUGCUGAUAUUAGCAAACCUAUUUGGAAGACGUUACUUACCACGCUGCAGAUUUCCAGGGGAAGAUAGAUUUGACCAGUCAAAGGUAUUUCUUGAAAAACUUCCAAAAGAUUUUGCUUCUGUUGUCAACGAACACAACCAGAAAGUUGCCACUGUAUUUGGACAUUGUAUCCUUGCAGGUUCCAAAGUGGCAGAUAUGGAAAAGGAGCUCCAGUUACCACUUUCAAAAACCAAUUUUGCAGGUAAAGAGUGUUUGAAUUCUGGAUUGGUGGAUCACUUGAUGUCGUGUUAUGAAGCCAGAAGUGGUAUCACUCCGUUUGCAUGUCUCUCAGGAAACACAGAUAAUGACUUGAUGAGUAUGAAAAACCUGAGCAGUCUGAUGAUGCAAACGGUGCACAUUCCCGAGAGAUAUAUUCCACUGUUGCCCUUUGAAAAAACUGAUAUGUUCGGACGAAAACGAUACCUUAAUGCCUAUGCCCUGGAUUUCUUCAAACACGGCAGCUUGGCUGCCAUUGUCGUGGAUAAUGGGUUAAAUUCUGGAGAAGCAUAUUAUGUAUUGAGGGACUUCUACCUUACCAUUGCAGCUAUAAGUGUUGCUUUGAAUGAAUUAUGCGAAUCAGACCCAGUUGCAUUGGCCUUUGAACAACUGAAAACGAUGUAUAUGGAAAAACUACGUGUAGUAUAACAAGUCCUCCUCAGAGCACCAUGACAACAUUCAAGCUAUUUUACUAUACCGUAACUGGAAAUCUAUAGCUGCACCAUUAAAAUAGUGGCAUUAUUGAUAGUGAAAUUUUGAUAUAUAUGCAGUUUUUUUCAGCUCUGUUCACAUUAGCUGUGGACUGGUGAUCAGACAGGAUAUGACCUGACCUGGUGUCCAUAAUGGAAAGGUUCAAAAUGUAUAGAUGCAAGUGAACUCAGAUGAAACUAAUUAUAUUGCUGGUGAGUUAGCAUUUCCAUACACCAAAAGAAAAAGCCAGAGUGCUUCCUAAUAUUAUGGUAGAUUAUUUAAAUUAAUGAGGCAUUUGGGGAAUAUUACUAGGAGCUGUAUAGACUGGGCAUGCGCUGCUCUUAUUAGGAAAAGCAGCGCAUGU